GGGGCGGCACCCGCGCUCGGGGCUGGCGGCUCCUCCCCGCCCGGCCGGGCCCAGCAGCCCUCGGAGCCCAGCGCAGCCGCCAUGUCCUCCGGGGCCAGCGCGAGCGCCCUGCAGCGCUUGGUGGAGCAGCUCAAGUUGGAGGCUGGCGUGGAGAGGAUCAAGGUCUCUCAGGCAGCUGCAGAGCUUCAACAGUACUGUAUGCAGAAUGCCUGCAAGGAUGCCCUGCUGGUGGGUAUUCCAGCUGGAAGUAACCCCUUCCGGGAGCCCAGAUCCUGUGCUUUACUCUGAAGACUCUAGGAGAGAAGUUCACUGAGGAAUGCCUUCAAGCACAAAGUGAUGAAUGACUGCCUUCAAGUCUCAAGAAAACACUUUUCCCUAACUUUUAGAGAUAUUUCAGCCCUUUCCUGUGGCCUGGUCCUAUAGCCAAAAUCACAGAUAUUCAUGAGUUUCUACUUGAGUGAGGAAACUGGGUGAAGGAAUAGAGUUUUAAAUAGGAAUAGCUUGUUUUUUUGUGCAAGUACUUUUAUACAUAAGAUAAACGAAAACCUUACCACCAAACAUACCAAAAUGCACCUCUUUCACAAGUGAGUUACUAAGAUUUCUAUACCCGGAAUAUCAUGUAUGUUUCAUUUACUGGAUGUUUACAUUUUAGGAAGGAAAAGAGUUUUGUUUAUUUAAACAACUGAAUACUUAUAAACUGUUGUUCCUGGAAGACAUUUAUGCCAUAAAAAAUAUGUUCUUUUCUCAUGAAUUUACAAUUCCUAAAUGAAGACCAGAAAGUACAGAUUGCUGGGAGGAAGAAUAGGCUUUAUUAAUCAACUGAUGUCUUGAUUUUUCUAAAUGGGAAGAUUGUUUUAUUUUUAACACUAAUUAUGGGAGCAGAUUCUUAGCAAACUUCUUUGGAAAAGUUAAUGUUAUGAUGUGCAUUAGGCUGCCCCAUCAUGUAUAUAAAUGAAGCAGAUUUGAUCUUUGUAUUCUUACGUUCCUCUACUUUGUAGUUGUGGCUGUACUUAAAGAAAUACAGAAUUUCAUAUGCUUAAAAAUAUUUAAAAUGUGACCCACAGAACAUUGUAAAUGAUUAAAAACUAACAUGAAAAUAUUACAACCUAAAAGAAUUCUUAACUUCACAAGUGUUUCACUUUGAUGAUGUGCCUUUGAUUUAAUUUGGGACACUUUUUUAGAAGGAUACAUUAUUCGUGUUUGUAACAGUCUUUGAAGAGCUUGGAAAUAAAAUUUCUGCUUAAGUAA